AUGGAUCCGUUUAUGGUUUCCUGCUAUAUGAUGACAAGUCAGAAACGUCUCGUUGAACCCUCGAUGAGGCUUGAGUUCAACGAUGUGGAUGAUGAACAUCAGGCUAUUAUGCCACAAAGCAUUUUGAGGAGCCUUUCUUUGGAAGAUGGGUCCAAUAGUGAUAUGAGCUCGAAGAGUACUGCUCCCUCCUCGGGAAGUGAGGAAUCCUUUGUGUAUGAUCAUAUAUACAAGGGCAUCAAGGGCUUUCUUUCUAGAAGACCUAGUUUUAAUGGGCAUGGAAAUUCUAAUAAUAACCCGAACAAAAAUAAGACGUCCCAACUUGGUGGCCCUCUCACAUAUGCAUUGUCGAGCAACCUCAGGUUAGAGUCAACGGAUUCUGGGUUUGGGUCCUUCUCGGCAGAUCCAUUGGACUUGCCUCUACUUAAGGUGACACGACGGAAACGUGUUCGGUACACCUUCCAUAUAGACCAGAAUACAAUAAGUUGGAAUAACGGAAAAAAGCUGAUAUACGUUGAUACCAUCAAAGAUAUACGGAGUGGUGAUAUGGCUACCAAUUAUAUGGAUAUGUACAAUGUUCCUUGUCCUUCACGGGACCUUUGGUGUACUAUCAUCUAUUCAGUGAACAAAAACAGAUUAAAGGCUUUACAUGUUAUUGCGGAGGACGCUGCAGUAUUCAAAUCUUUUUAUGAAACGACAGUAAAUUUGGUGAAUUCUAGGAGGAAACUAAUGGAAGAUAUUGCAGUUCCAAACAAUGAACAAUUCGCCAAUAUUCAUUGGCAGACCAGUGUUUCCACAAAGAAAGAAGACCAGGACAAAGAUACGUUAAGUUUCGCGGAUGUGAAGAGACUUUGCAACCGAUAUCAUAUCUACUGUUCUGAUAACUACCUUUACGCACUUUUCAUUAAAGCGGACACUAACAAUAACAGUUUGCUUAAUUUCCCCGAAUUCCAAGAUUUUGUCAAGUACUUAAAAGCUAGGCCGGAGAUUGAAAUAAUCUGGAAUCAAAUGAAAAAUAAGGAUACUAAGGUGGUUGACUUUCAAAGCUUUUACCAGUUCAUAUGUGACGUUCAAGGUGAAGUAAUAUCACAGACUAAUGCUUAUAAGAUUUUCAAAAAGUAUUGCACCGCUGAUGAACUUUUAGAUGUUGAGGGUUUAUUAAAAUUCUUAACAAAACAACCGUUCCUACAAUUAUUCGAAGAAGAUUAUUCUAGACCGCUAAACGAAUAUUUCAUAUCAUCAUCUCAUAACACUUAUCUUAUGGGGAAGCAAGUGGUGGACGAGGUAAGUGUCGAAGCUUAUACUCGUGCUUUGCAACAAGGAUGCCGUUGUAUCGAAAUAGACAUAUGGCAAGGAGAUCAUGGGCCUGUGGUAUGCCAUGGUCUUUUCACACAGUCAAUCCCCUUAGAAGAUGUUGUUAAAACGAUACGAAAAUAUGCGUUUAUCACUUCACCUUAUCCGCUUAUUGUAUCUCUAGAGAUCCACUGUAAGAAGGAUUACCAAUUAAUGAUAACGAAAAUUAUGAAGGAAAUUUUGGGAGAUCUUAUAUUCGUAAUUCCACCAAACACUUCACUAUUAUCACCAGAGCAGCUGAAAAAUCGCAUUAUAUUGAAAAGUAAGAAGACGCAUGCUGUAGAGUCUGAAAUUAUAAGUGGAUCAACUUCAUCCUAUACGUCUUCUUCCUCUCAUGAAUCACUUUCUGAAACAAAUGACAUGCGGUUAAUCAAGAAGCGGGGCUUACAAAAAAGUACUACCAGUAGCACUUCUCCAAAUACGACAACAGUUCCAGUGACAACAAAGAGAAACAACAAAUCGUUAUUGUUAUCAACAAAGAUCAUGAUAUCAGACAAGGUUCAUGAAAUAUCUGGGAUUCACGGAGUAAGAUUCAGAAACUUUUCGUUGCCUGAAUCAAAAACCACUACGCAUUGCUUCUCACUAAGUGAGAAGAAGUUUAUCAAUCUUGACAAAGAUGAAACUCAAAAACUCGCUAUCAACAAGCAUAACCGCAGACAUUUAAUGAGAAUCUAUCCGCACAUGUUGCGGUACAAAUCCUCCAAUUUCAACCCAAUACGAUUUUGGAAAGAAGGAGUACAAAUGGUCGCAACAAACUGGCAGACGUAUGACCUGGGACAACAAUUGAACCAUGCAAUGUUCCAAGUUUCACUAGAUAGAAAUUCCAUCUGGCAUUCUGGGUAUGUUUUGAAGCCCGCUCACUUGCGAAAAGAGAUACAUAAAAUGAAGGACAUUCCAGUAAUUAUGGAAAGGCUCAAACGGGAGAAGAUUCAUAUCCAUUUGGACGUAAUUUCUGGCCAGAUGUUAUCCUUACAAAACUGCAAGAUACUAGCACCAUUCGUAGAAAUCGAACUCAUUACUGACAAUACCAUGGAAUCACUUCACCUUACCAACUGCUUGCAGCCAAUGGGGUAUACUUCCAAUAACUCUACCCAUGCUACCGGAAUUACUAGCAUGAGUAAUGCUUCAAAUGGUACUUUUGCUAACAUUACUAGUACCUCAACCAAGCGCGUUGAUAGCAACGGCAGCAGCGGUAAGACUGAACCACUUUGUGAAAGUAAUGGAACCACUGUUAUUUCAGGUUUGUCCGCGGAAGACGGAAUACUCAGUACUCCAUCUGCUCCUCCAGCAGUAUCUGUACCUGUCCUUAGUUCACCGCAACUAUUUUCGACAAAAUGCUUCCGUGAUAACGGCUUCAGUCCCGUGUGGAAUGCGUCGUUCGAGUGUACACUUACAAACACUACGUUCAACUUCGUGCGGUUUACAGUCAAGAACUCCACGCAAACUAUCGCAACAACGUGUGUACGGUUGAAUUAUUUGAAGCAAGGGUAUAGGCACUUACCGUUGUACAACAUAAAAGGGGAGAAGUUCAUAUUCUCCACUCUAUUCAUACGCUACAAAGAGGAACUUCUAAAAUGGUGA